GAUGUGUUUAAGGUAGUUUAUAAGAAAAAAGAGAUAAUAAUUAAUUUUCUGGUUUGUUCUGAUCAGGGAAUAUUUAUUAAUAAAAAUCAAAAAAAUGACUUAGAGGGCUAAAAUCAUGUUAAAAGAAGAAAGUAGGGAGAGAAAGAAUGAUGAAAUACGUUUAUAAAUGGUUCUUUGAUUGAUAAAAGAAGUAUGAGAUAGAUUGAAUAAUUUUGUAAAUUAAAGAAUUGAUUAUGAAAAUAAAAUGAUAAAUAAUGAGUAAGAGAAUAUGUAGUAAAAUUUAUGAGGAAUAAUACUUAUUAAUAGAGA